AUGGACUCGCUCCUCGACCUGCCCCUGAUCACGCUCAGCAACGGCCAGACUCGAAGAGCGAGGAUCCUGCGGGCGCUGCUCGCCAAGCCCGAGCUCGUCAUUCUCGAAGAGCCUUUCACCGGUCUCGACGUCGCCUCUCGAGCGCACCUCGCGACCCUCCUCGCGUCACUGCACGCCGCCCGCUCGCCCCGGGUCCUCCUCGUCCUGCGCCCGCAAGACGUCCUUCCGCCUUUCGUCACCCACGCCCGGGCGCUGUUUGCCGCCGGAGAGCGGCUGCGCGCUGCGAGCGCACGGCGCGCCGAGGAGCGCAAGGCGGCGGGAGAGCGUGCGGCGCGGCAGCAGCAGGUGGGGCAGGCGAGGAGGAAGCUCGUUGAGUUGAGGGCGGUCAACGUGAGCUACGGGCGGCCGGACGAGGGGCAGGUCGAGAGGAGGAUCCUGCGGGACGUCGACUGGACGGUCAGGGAGGGCGAGCGAUGGCUGCUGGCGGGGCAUAACGGUUCGGGCAAGAGCACCCUGCUCGCCCUCGUUCUCGGCGACCAUCCUCGGGCGUUCAACGAGGACGUGACGCUCUUCGACAAGCCUCGGUACCGUCAGGCGACCGCGACGUUGCAACAGAACAUCGGCCACGUCUCGCCCGAGAUCUUCAACGCUUUCCCUCGCAAGCAUGGCCCCGACGCGCUCUCGGCCUACGAGGCGAUCGUCACGGGCUUCGAGUCGGUCUACUCGUACCGCCGAGCAACGCCCGAGCAAGCCGCCGUCCUCGACGAGCCGUUCUCGGGCAUGGACAAGCUCACGGUCGACAAGGCGACGCGCUUCCUUGACGACAAGCUCGACCAGACGCAGGCCGUCAUCCUGAUCACUCACUUCGAGGAGGAGGUGCCGAGGAGCGUCAACCGGGUUCUGCGGCUAGAAGAGGGGGCCGUCGUAGAGCGCAUCUAGAACUCCUCU